GUUCGCGAAAGCCCGGUUCGGUCCGGAACUCUUGACUUUCCGGGGACUAGCUUUCGGACUACCCAUUUGAACUCACUGCAUCUUCGAACGGCCUCAACUUCUGAAUACUUACAGCUACAAUUUGCCAAGGACCAUUUCGAGCCUGCGACAAGAGCAUAUUCUAGCCACACGAAUACAACAAAGAUGUCAGCGUCAACAACCGCAAAUCUCAAGCACGGGACUAUCACAUUAUCAUCCGGCUCGAUAUCACACGUCUGGCAUACGCAAAAAGCACCUGCUCGUGCUAUUGUAGUACUACAACACGGCUUUUGCGAGUACGCUGAACGCUAUAUCGACUCGCAUCACAGCUUCAUCCGAGAACUGAGCACUGCAGGCUACGCAGUCUAUGCAUUAGACAUGUGGGGUCACGGACGAUCACCGGGUACCCGAGGAGUGACACAUAUCGGAAAAGCCGUACAAGAUCACGUCGAGCUGCGGAAACUCGCCGGCAAAGACAAGCUUCCUAUCAUUCUGUUCGGACAUUCUUUGGGCGGUCUCGUCACUGCAGGAAGCGCAACAAUGGAUCCGGAGAACAUCAAAGGAGUCAUAAUGACCGGUCCUGCAUUACCAGACCUACUCCCAAGUAUUGCGAGAGCUGCCGUCGGGGUGUUGGCAAGAAGUAUGCCUACGGUUUCUGUGCCAAUGCCAGGGGCCGGGCUUGACGGUCUGACCAGAGACAAGGAAGAGAUCAAGAGAUUUACCAGCGAUCCGCUUGUGCCACAAAGGCAGAUUCCGUUUCUGAUAGCUGUGACUGCUCUGGAUAUAAUGCAGAAAGUCAAUAGCGGACUGAAGGAGUGGGAAGUGCCGACGCUGGUUAUUCAUGGGACGGCUGAUACGUAUACGGAGCUGAAGGGCAGCGAGAAGUUUGUGAACGGGAUUAGUUCGGAGGAUAAGACGUUUCGGAAGUAUGAGGAUGGGAGGCACGAGUUGUUGCAUGACCCACCGUGUGCCGAUGAGGUGUUGAGAGAGAUCAUGGAGUGGAUAGAGAAGCAUACCUAA